AGAUCCACUCCCACCACAUCCUCCCGAUCCACCGCCGCGCGCCUACCCCGCCUCCUUCAGGCGCGCCACCGCCCAUGCCUUCUCCUGGCGCCGCCGACCGCCUCCUCCCGGCGCUCCACCGCCCCACCUUGCCUUCUCCCGGCGCGUCCCAGCCCCGCCUCCCCCCUACGCACUGCCCCCGCCUCCUCCUGGCGCCGCCGCCCCUGCCUCCUCCUGGCCCGCCGCUGAUCUCGCCUCUUUCCGGCGAGAGUCCGACCCGCGGCUGUUCGUCGCCCUGCCUUUUCCAUGCCGGCCGCCUCCUUCUUCCCCCUCCACUACGCGCCACCGCCGCCGCCCAGGCGCGGCCUCGAUCCGGCGCCGCCGCCCACCACUACCAAGACCCCGGCCCGCCGCCGCCCACCAACAUGAUGCCCCUCUGCGUGCAAAUCCGACCUUCCCUCUGCUCCAGCGCGACCUUCCAUCCCCUCCAGUGCGGCCUGCCCUCUCCUCCGGCGCGCCCUCCUCUCGCACCACCUCCUCCUGCAAGCUCCUCCAUCCCCAGCUUGUCCCUGAAUGCGGACGCUGCACCGCGCAGGUUGAAUUUCACCCUGGAUCCCUGAGGUAUGGCUGCUCCGGCUCCUCCCCCGCUUGCUGCCAGGUCUGUCUCUCCUUCCUCCCCUACUCGCCGUCCUGUGCGGUGGUGGACGUGGCUACUUGAUGGAGUGAAGCCGGCCUCCGAGCACCGGCAGUUGCACUACAACCUGCAAAAAGAAGAACAGCCGCAAGUUCAGAAUCAGAAAAAUGAAAAGUUCAAGAAGAACAAAGG